UGAUAUCUUUUAUAUAUGUAUUUGUUGUGAAAAAAAUAAUCGAACACACACACAGACAUAUACAGAUAAGGUUGUGUGUCAAGUAGACUCCCCACUGAAUUUCUCGAGCGCUGUGGCUGUGUGCAACAAGCAUAUAAAUAGGGUGGUGUAUGCCUCUUGUUCAUUCAGUCACUGGUUACACCUCGGGGAGUACACUUGUGUGUACGCGAUGUUCUUAACCGCUCUCCUCUUGAUGUAUUCAGUUCCUUAAGAAAGAGCCUUAUGAAGUUCCAUUUAAUAUACCCCUAUCGAUAUUCUUAUCGAUACAUUCGUGUGUCGUAGUUAUGUGAUCUGUGUGACAACGCGAUCAUAAUAGUCUACUUUAUCGCACACAAUUUGAUAACUUAUAUAUUAUCUGAAAGAGUAUACAAAUAACAAGAGUCGGGAGUACCUACUCAAGAAUAGCAUCUACCAAAGGAGCCAAGCAGGGAAGCUCAAAUCAAGUUCACUUUCCGGAAAUGGGCAUCUUUUGCGAAAUAAACUUGCAUAAAUCAAAUGACGGAGUCUUCGUAGCCGGAAGUAAAGUGCAAGGAGUUAUAAGAUAUGCAGUCGAUGUAGAAACAACUUUCUCUCAAAUUUCUGUAUCUCUCAAAGGCAAAGGAGUUUUGAGUAUAAAGAGGAAACACAAUGAUAAGAGCAAAGAGGUCACGCACUGCAGCAGCGAGGAUUACUUGGACCUUCAAGACGUAGUCACGGAAUCUGACACUAAUGUCAUUCCUGUGGGCUCGUAUGAAAUUCCUUUCACCUUCGAAUUGCCUGAUAACAUACCGCCGUCGUUCCGACACACGAGCAGUAACAUGCAGUACGCCGUUAGUUGCAACAUCCGAUAUCAUGUACGCAUCAAGUUCAAAAGACCGGGCUUUUGGAAGUUCGCUAAGACGUACAAGAAAGAGAUCGAAGUCGAGUCCGGCAUCGUUCCGAGGCUCCCUUUGGAUCCCAUCAUCUACGGGAAGCAGAAAAAGCUAUCUCAACUAUUCAGUCGCAAGAGUAGUACGAUCACCAUCAAAGCCGGUGUGGCCAAGUCCGUCCUUGGUCCCGGGGACGCGGUGGAACUCGAAUAUGACGUUAGAAACGACUCCAAUGUGACGGUGAGGGCCGUCGAGACCAAAAUCGUGGAAGUUUUUAAAUUCACGACGAAAUCGAAAACUGUGGAGAGGUCUUUGGACGUGUCGCACGCGGAAUGCAAGACGGGCUCGGUGAAGGGCGGCGAGAGUCAGGCCAUGAGACUGGCCCUAGAUGUGCCACCGGACACCAGGUCCCUAGACUUCUCCGGCCUCGUGUCCAGGGACUAUUUCGUGCAGAUGACGGUGGAGUUGCCCUUCCCGCACUUCAACUGCGUGCUCCUGAUGCCGCUGCAGUUCGGGCAGGAGGGCCGCGCGCGCGCCGCCUCCCCGCCGCCCGCCUACUGGGAGGUCAUGCCCGACGACGACAAGGAUCACAAAGAAUAGCCGAUUUACUACACCUUAUGAAGAUGAAAAACAUAUUUAUUACAUCAAUUUAAAUACUGUGCGAAUAAAUUAUUAAACCUAA